GGGCUGUGGCGGGAAACACUGUUUGAAGCGGGAUGGAUGGUAAGCGGCGACCAGGCCCGGGGCCUGGGGUGCCCCCAAAGCGGGCCCGUGGGGGCCUCUGGGAUGAGGAUGAGGCGUACCGGCCCUCGCAGUUCGAGGAGGAGCUGGCGCUGAUGGAGGAGAUGGAAGCAGAGCGCAGGCUGCAGGAGCAGGAGGAGGAGGCGCUGCAGUCGGCCCUGGAGGGGGCAGACGGGCAAUUCUCCCUGACGGCCACAGAUGCCCGCUGGCUUCGGCCCGCUCCGCCCCCCUUGGACCCUCAGACGGAGCCGCUCAUCUUCCAGCAGUUGGAGAUCGACCAUUAUGUGGGCCCAGCGCGGCCCCUGCCUGGGGCGCCCCCACCAUCCCAGGGCUCGGUUCCCAUCCUCCGCGCCUUCGGGGUCACCGACGAGGGGGUCUCUGUCUGCUGCCACGUCCAUGGCUUUGCACCCUACUUCUACACCCCAGCACCCCCCGGUUUCGGACCUGAGCACCUGAGUGAGCUGCAGCGGGAACUGAGUGCAGCCAUUAGCCGGGACCAGCGCGGGGGCAAGGAGCUCACUGGGCCGGCCGUGCUGGCAGUGGAGCUGUGCUCCCGGGAGAGCAUGUUCGGGUACCAUGGGCACGGCCCCUCCCCGUUUCUUCGUAUCACCCUGGCACUGCCCCGCCUCAUGGCACCCGCCCGCCGCCUCCUGGAGCAGGGGAUCCGCCUGGCCGGCCUGGGCACCCCCAGCUUUGCGCCCUACGAGGCCAACGUUGACUUUGAGAUCCGGUUCAUGGUGGACACGGACAUCGUGGGCUGCAACUGGCUGGAGCUCCCAGCUGGGAAAUACAUCCUGAGGCCAGAGGGGAAGGCCACGCUCUGUCAGCUGGAGGCCGACGUGCUCUGGUCAGACGUGAUCAGCCACCCGCCGGAAGGGGAGUGGCAGCGAAUCGCCCCUCUGCGUGUGCUCAGCUUCGACAUCGAGUGUGCUGGCCGCAAAGGCAUCUUCCCGGAGCCCGAGCGGGACCCCGUGAUCCAGAUCUGCUCACUGGGCCUGCGCUGGGGCGAGCCGGAGCCCUUCCUGCGCCUGGCGCUCACCCUGCGGCCCUGCGCCCCCAUCCUGGGCGCCAGGGUGCAGAGCUACGAGCGGGAGGAGGACCUGCUCCAGGCCUGGUCGACCUUCAUCCGCAUCAUGGAUCCAGAUGUGAUUACCGGCUACAAUAUCCAGAACUUUGACCUUCCCUACCUCAUCUCCCGGGCCCAGACCCUCAAGGUGCCAAGCUUCCCCUUGCUGGGCCGUGUGAUCGGCCUCCGCUCCAACAUCCGGGACUCGUCCUUCCAGUCCAGGCAGACCGGCCGGCGGGACAGCAAGGUGGUCAGCAUGGUGGGCCGCGUGCAGAUGGACAUGCUGCAGGUGCUUCUGCGGGAGUACAAGCUCCGGUCCUACACGCUCAACGCCGUGAGCUUCCACUUCCUGGGCGAGCAGAAGGAGGACGUGCAGCACAGCAUCAUCACAGACCUGCAGAACGGGAACGACCAGACGCGCCGCCGCCUGGCCGUGUACUGCCUCAAGGACGCCUUCCUGCCCCUGCGGCUGCUGGAGCGGCUCAUGGUGCUGGUGAACGCCAUGGAGAUGGCGCGCGUCACUGGCGUGCCCCUCGGCUACCUGCUCAGCCGCGGCCAGCAGGUCAAGGUCGUGUCCCAGCUGCUGCGACAGGCCAUGCGCCAGGGGCUGCUGAUGCCCGUGGUGAAGACGGAGGGCGGUGAGGACUAUACCGGGGCCACGGUCAUCGAGCCGCUGAAAGGGUGAGAACCGCCAAGGGAGCAGCAGGCCAGGGGUAAUGGGUGCAAGGGGGUGCCCGGCCCUGACUCUCUCCCGGCCCCCAGGUACUAUGACGUCCCCAUCGCCACCCUGGACUUCUCCUCGCUGUACCCGUCCAUCAUGAUGGCCCACAACCUGUGCUACACCACGCUCCUGCGGCCCGGGGCCGCCCAGAAACUAGGCCUGACCGAGGAUCAGUUCAUCAAGACACCCACGGGGGACGAGUUUGUGAAGACAUCGGUGCGGAAGGGGCUGCUCCCCCAGAUCCUGGAAAACCUGCUCAGCGCCCGGAAGAGGGCCAAGGCUGAGCUGGCCAAGGAGACAGACCCCCUACGGCGGCAAGUGUUGGACGGGCGCCAGCUGGCGCUGAAAGUGAGUGCUAACUCUGUGUACGGCUUCACUGGCGCCCAGGUGGGUAGGCUGCCGUGCCUGGAAAUCUCACAGAGUGUCACCGGGUUCGGGCGCCAGAUGAUUGAGAAGACAAAGCAGCUCGUGGAGACCAAGUACACGGUGGAGAAUGGCUACAGCACCAGCGCCAAGGUGGUGUAUGGUGACACAGACUCGGUCAUGUGCCGCUUCGGCGUCUCCUCCGUGGCUGAGGCGAUGGCUUUGGGACGGGAGGCUGCAGACUGGGUGUCCGGCCACUUCCCCUCACCCAUCCGGCUAGAGUUUGAGAAAGUCUACUUCCCCUACCUGCUCAUCAGCAAGAAGCGGUACGCGGGCCUGCUCUUCUCCUCCCGGCCCGACGCCCACGACCGCAUGGACUGCAAGGGCCUGGAGGCUGUGCGCAGGGACAACUGCCCCCUGGUGGCCAACCUCGUCACUGCCUCGCUGCGCCGCCUGCUCAUCGACCGAGACCCCGCGGGCGCCGUGGCGCAUGCACAGGACGUCAUCUCCGACCUGCUGUGUAAUCGCAUUGACAUCUCGCAGCUGGUCAUUACCAAGGAGCUGACCCGAGCCGCCGCCGACUACGCGGGCAAGCAGGCCCACGUGGAGCUGGCCGAGAGGAUGAGGAAGCGGGACCCCGGGAGCGCGCCCAGCCUGGGCGACCGCGUCCCCUACGUGAUCAUCAGCGCUGCCAAAGGCGUGGCCGCCUACAUGAAGUCCGAGGACCCGCUGUUCGUACUGGAGCACAGCCUGCCCAUUGACACGCAGUACUACCUGGAGCAGCAGCUCGCCAAGCCGCUCCUGCGCAUCUUCGAGCCCAUCCUGGGCGAGGGCCGUGCGGAGGCUGUGCUGCUGCGUGGGGACCACACUCGCUGCAAGACGGUGCUCACGGGCAAGGUGGGCGGCCUGCUGGCCUUCGCCAAACGCCGGAGCUGCUGCGUUGGCUGCCGCACUGUCCUCAGCCACCAGGGAGCCGUGUGCAAGUUCUGCCAGCCCCGGGAGUCGGAGCUGUACCAGAAGGAGGUGUCCCACCUGAGCGCCCUGGAGGAGCGCUUCUCACGCCUGUGGACACAGUGCCAGCGCUGCCAGGGCAGCCUGCACGAGGACGUCAUCUGCACCAGCCGGGACUGUCCCAUCUUCUACAUGCGCAAGAAGGUGCGGAAGGACCUGGAGGACCAGGAGCGGCUGCUGCGGCGCUUCGGGCCCCCUGGCCCCGAGGCCUGGUGACCUCUGACCUCAGCGGACUUCCCACCUUGGCGGGGCGGGGGGACAGGCGGGGAAUUAA